UAUCUUGAAGGACAUUUUGUGUUCCUGCCGGUUUCACCUCGGCUGCUCUCGGGUUUCAAAGCGGAACUCAAGUUGACUUUGGGUGUUUGUUUCCACACGAGCGAAUAAUCUCGUUUAUCAUCGUUACGUCGCGGAGAUGGCAGCGCUGCGGACGGCACUCCAGGGACGACUUGUUCCGGCCCUUCCUUUCUCCUUCGGCUCCCUGCGGUUAGCCAGCUCCUUUAAGGCAGCAGAUCUGGUCAUCGAACGCAGCACGGCAGGCAAGCCGAAGCCCGAGCCGUCCAGCUUGGUGUUCGGCAAGCAGUUCUCCGACCACAUGUUGACCAUCAACUGGUCGGAGAAGGAAGGCUGGGAGGCUCCUCAGAUCAAACCUUUCCAGAACCUGUCGCUGCACCCGGCCAGCUCCGCACUGCACUACUCCAUAGAGCUGUUUGAGGGCAUGAAGGCGUUCCGUGGAGUCGACAACCACAUCCGUCUGUUCAGACCGAUGCUGAACAUGGAGAGGAUGCAUCGCACCACUGAGAGAAGCUGCCUCCCCCUCUUUGAUAAAGCCGAGCUGCUGGAGUGCAUCAGAAAGCUGGUGGAGGUGGACCAGGAGUGGGUCCCCUACUCUCAGGACGCCAGCCUCUACAUCAGACCCACCUUCAUCGGUACCGAGCCGUCUCUCGGCGUCUCUCGGGCAGGAAAGGCUAUGAUCUUUGUCAUCGUCAGUCCAGUGGGACCGUACUUCGCCACAGGAUCUUUCAACCCAGUUUCCCUGCUGGCAGAUCCGGCCUUCGUCAGAGCCUGGAAGGGAGGAGUCGGAGAAUACAAGAUGGGAGGUAACUACGGUCCUACAAUAGCAGUACAGAACGAGGCGAUGAAACGAGGCUGCCAGCAGGUUCUGUGGCUUUAUGGAGAAGAGGAGAUGAUCACCGAGGUGGGCACCAUGAACCUCUUCGUCUACUGGACCAAUGAGAAAGGAGAAAGAGAACUGGUGACUCCUCCUCUGGACGGCCUUAUUCUACCAGGAGUCACCAGGCAGUCUCUGCUGGACCUGGCCCGAGGAUGGGGUGAGUUUAAGGUCACGGAGCGUACUAUGGACAUGGAGGAGCUGCUCGGUGCUCUGAAUGCUGCGAGAAUCCUGGAGGUGUUUGGAGCAGGGACGGCUUGUGUCGUCUGUCCCGUCGGCAGCCUCCUCUACAAAGGAAAGACGUACCAGAUCCCCACCAUGCAGAACGGUCCGGACCUGGCAAAGAGGUUCUACAAAGAGCUUACUGACAUUCAGUAUGGACGAAAACAAAGCGAGUGGGCGCCGCUGGUUGUUUAAAGCAUUCAUUUUGCACACGCCGGUUGUAUCAACAGUUAGCCCCGUAAUUCCAGUUUGGAUGACCAGCAGCUCCCCCUCUUCCCCACCCACCUCCGCCCACUAAUACACUCCUCCUUAUCACUCACCAGCCCGAGGAGACGGAAGCUUCUCUCCACCGGUCGUCUCGGGCAGCUUUAAUGGACUCUUAUUUCUCUGCAGACUCUCAUAGGAACAGGUGGUGGUUUGAAUGUAACAGCUUGCUUUGGAGAGCGGUAUUUACUUUAUGCAAUCUUCUGAUGUGAACCUGAGGAGGGAAAAAAAAAAAAUCUGUUACUGGAGGGAAAAAUGAAGCAACCAGAUGAUGAAAGUAGAUCACUGGAAGUAUGUAUCGAUAUCUGCCACGCUGGCGUUACACUCCUCAUUUUUAACAGCACAAACAUUCAUUUUCAUCAUCACUGCAUUCUGCCGUUAACAAAAUAGGCACAAACUGGCAUAUUUCAGGUGUAGCCGGUGAGAUAUUUAUUGAACCAAACCAGCUACAUAUUCAAUGUGUAGUGUUUGAUAUUAGCGUCUUGGCUGCAGGCCUUCUGUAAAGUCCUUACAGUGUGUUUCAAAGGAAGGUUAAUAACAAUUGGUACUACUUGCAGCAACCUGUGGUGUCUUCUCCUAAAUGUUUAACUGUUACGUAGCUAAAUUGGAAGCAGGAGACCUGUGAGGAUGUGUUUUGUUACUGUCGUGUACGUGACGCUCUGAGCGAGUAUUGCUGCAGUUGUUGUGGGGCCACGUCACUUUGACACCAGAGUUUGCUCUGACCUCGGCUAACGUCAAGUUUGUAUCCGAGCACGACUCGGCUUUUAAAGAGGAAACGAGCACGAAUUUUAUGUUUGUUGGGUUUUGUCUGCUUGAAUGCACAAAGAGCGAGGUUACAUAAAGGCGACGUCUGAACGAACAUCAGCACGCACAAAUGGCAGGACGGCAGGAGGCCGACACGCUGUGGAAGAGAAGGACUGUUAGAUGCUGGCACCAGUUUUUGUGUUAUUGUGACGACUAUGUAUAGUAACAGAUAGAUUGUGCGGCUAUUUUAGAGGCUUGUAAAUUAUUUUUUCCGUGACUUGAUGUGAAAUUCGGCCAACUGUCUUCCAAAGUCCUCUGACUGUUUCACCUGUGUUUUGUUGGUUUUUUCUCUUUGAAUGUAUUUGUACACAUACUGUCCAUCUCCUCUGUCUAAGUGCCUGACCUGUCUGGUAGUUUGUUCUUCAGUGGAUCUACAGCUGCUGAGAUUUAUUGUUUUUUUCUAGUUUGUGCUCAAGGGGAUGUAGCUGGAUACUUCAAGCAAUACCAAUGUAGUUUUUCUUUUAUUUGUUUUGUCUUUAACGUGCUGUUACUUUUACUUGGCUGUUAGGUUUUUACAAUAAACUUGGUUUGAGUUACA